CGAAAAAGAGACCAGUCUGACAUGUGCAAUGAGGUGGACUUGUGUGCUGACGAUGCAGCAGCAGCAACAACAAUACUUUCCAAUUUUGCCUGCUUGUUCUUUACUUUUUCAAAAGAGCUCCAUACUUCCCCAUAAAAUGGAUAUUUCAAAGACUUUUAAAGCUACUCUCAAGGCAGUACGAAUGAGAAAGAAAAAUAUUAGUGAAGAUAUAACUGAAAAACCUUUAACUGAACUCGGAAAGAAACAGCAAGACUCGGUUUUCAAACUUCGUUCCAAGGAAAUCGUGAAGAAUAUUACCAAAUUGAAAGAUGUCAUAUCUGCCAGUCGAAGUGAUUAUAUAGGAGUCCACAGGUUUCUGCCUGGAAAAUGUAUGACAGAAGCAGAAAGAGACCAGAUUGAUAAGGAUGUCCAAAUAUGCAUGAAAACCUGCUCUUCAUCAAUCAGUUCUCUAAAGAAAGAACUUGGAACAAACAACCAAGUAUCUAUUCACAGGAAAGCUGUGCUUCAGCUUUUAGAGGACUAUUUGAAAGCGGUUUGCAAGUUGUAUGCCCAGCAAAGAGCCAUACGUGUGAAGAAAGCUGUUGACCGAAAAAGAAUGUCUCGACUGAACACUGUACAAAACAAAGAAAACAUUUUGGUAAAGAAGGAUUUACCUAAUCUGAAAAGCCCCAAAAAUAUUGUUGAAAUUGAAGAGCCUAAACCAAAAAUAGAGGAGCCCUUGUCUAAAGAAGAGGUUCAGAUGUUUGAAGAUGAAAACAUGAAACUACUCAAUGAACUAAGUGGCUUGGUAGAUGAAGUGAAACAAAUCGAAGGAAAAGUGAUUGAGAUAUCACAACUUCAAGAAAUAUUUUCAGAAAAAGUUCUUGAUCAGGCAUCACAAAUCGACAAGGUGCACGAGACAACUGUAUCAACAACUGAAAACGUCAAAGACGGCAAUGAAAAUAUUCGAGAGGCAAUCAAAAACAGUGCAACGUUUAGAGUUUGGAUUCUGUUUUUUCUGGUUAUGUGUACAUUUUCACUUUUAUUCCUUGAUUGGUAUAAUCAGUGAAAUGAUAAAAUUCUUGUAUAUAUUUAUAUUUACAAAAAAUCACC